UGUAAUAUCUCGAGCACCAAGAGCCAAAAAUAGUAACUCUUACUACCGAAGUUAUUUACAAAGUACACUAAAAUGAUAAACGACAGCAUAUCAAACAGGCAUAACAUCAGUCUUCUACUUCUUCCUGCUGUAAUGCACGUCGGGGGAACGUGAUCCACUGGGUUAGGGCCAGUUUUAGCGCCCUUAUGCCCUCAAAAAUCACUAGUAUAUUCACUGCUCACUAAAACUGGCCUCCAUAUAGUGAUCCUAAUAACUUCCAAUACGUGCAUAAUGUGUAUUCAAUCUCGGCUCAACUGAUGAUGACCUUUGCAUUCAGAACGCGCUAAACUGACCAACCCCCGAUACUAAAUUAUAUACAUCAGACUCGACCAGAUACCUACCAAACCGAUUGCAGGUUCUAAGCAAUUUAUGCUGCACUUUAUCAUGAUAACUGCACCGCUGCGGCGAGUAAGCUAUCCUGUCUUAUGUUCUAGCCAAGUGAAUGGGCGUUUAUUUUGAUUGAAUGUCAAAAGUACACGAGUUUUAGUAGUGCAAAGUGGUGUGAACAUGAUCUACAAACACAAAGUUGUAAUUUGAUUUACAAGAGUAGGUAUAUGCAGUGCGGUACAUGCAUAUAUAUUCAACCAAGCUGGGCAGGACUAGAACAAUUUUCAUUAUUGGCAGUCGGCGCUGGAUCGUUUCUAAUCAUGUGCCUAUGUACUGGCCGUCCUCUGCCUUGUUAGUUUGGGUAUUGAAGCUUUGGGCACUGGGCCAGCCAGCGCCCAGUCUCCAGUAAAGCCUAUGUACUGAGAUCCUAAACAGCAGCGUAGAGCACACUCAAAGUUCAACGCAGCUCGAUGCUUUCGCAAAAUUUUAGCAGCCAUGCUCCGAUAUGCGUGUGUGCAAUUGGCAAGCAAUGAUAAAUUUUAUUUCUCGCUCUUGCUUUGCUUAUGAUUGGAAAAUUCUACGCCUAGACAGGGUGAGACUCGAUCGGCGCAGAAUGCAAUUGAUCUCGCAGGUUAAGAAUGAUUUUAGUAUAAAUAGCAAAGGGCUCGUAUGAAUAAGCAUCAUAAUCAUCUUAGCAUUGUGACAAACACCACACACGGACCACAAAAAAUGGCAUUCAAAUUCGCAGUCUUCGCCGCCGUCGUGGCCGUCGCCAAUGCUGUCGCAAUUGGAUACCCAGGUGCCUAUCAUCCAGCUGCUUACCCAGCUGCCUACCCAGCCCUCGGUGUUGCCAAGGUUGCUGCUCCCCUGGCUUACCCAGCCGUUGCCAAGGUUGCCGCCCCAGUGAUCGCCAAGGCCGUCGAUGAUUAUGAUCCAAACCCACAGUACAGCUACAGCUACCACAUUGCCGAUGCCCUGACCGGAGACAACAAGGAACAGCAGGAAUCCCGCUCCGGAGAUGUCGUGACUGGAUCCUACUCCCUGGUUGAACCCGAUGGCACCCGUCGCGUCGUUGAAUACACUGCCGAUCCAGUCAACGGAUUCAACGCCGUCGUCCACCGUGAGCCACUUGCCGUCAAGGCUGUUGCCCCAGUUGCCGCCUACCCAGCCGUCGCCAAGGUUGCCGCUCCUCUGGCCUACCCAGCUGCCCAUGUUGGAUACCCAGCCUACGGCAAGGCCAUCCUUGGUUAAGCACAAAACGUCCAUCUAGACACUUCUCAUCUUACUUAAUUGUCUUCCUCAACCUCCUUCUCAGUCAUUAGUUAAAAAACUCUAUUAAUUCCAUUCUAUCGCUAUACUUUCUGAGUCCCACUUCUCACGCCCCCCCAAUGGCUACAACUGUGAGUUUUCUAGUUAUUCCAAGCUCAACUGAAUGCGUGUACAAAAGAUAUACUUGUAAAUAGUAAAAAAGCAAAUCCUAGUGAGAUAAGAUGCUAUGGAUUAGUAUCUUCGUCGUCCUUGACUGUGUGACAUAAAACAGAGUGUGAAACAUAUUGAAAAUAAGGAGCCGUAGUGUUAUCGCAUUACGGUUUAAUAAAUGCAAUUUCUACAAAAGGAAA